AUGCUGGCCACCACCGACCUGGUCCUGUGCACCUCCACCCUGCCCAAAAUGCUGAGCAUCUUCUGGUUCAAUUCCAGAGAGAUCAAUUUCAGUGCCUGCCUCACCCAGAUGUUCUUCAUUCAUUGCUCUUUGCUUAUGGAGUCUGGCAUAUUCGUGGCCAUGGCGUUGGAUCGCUACGUGGCCAUCUGCCAUCCCCUGAGACAUUCCACCAUCCUGACAAACCCCGUGGUGGCCAUGACCGGUCUGGCCGUACUGCUGCGCAGUAGCAUACUCACAAUACCAAAUUGCCUCCUGGCCAGGCAGUGGCCAUAUUGCAGAACCAACAUCAUCCCCCACUUGUACUGUGGGCACAUGUCUGUGGUGAAGCUGGCCUGUGCUGACAUCCGUGUCAGUAGUUACUACAGCCUCUCUGUGGUACUCUGUGUAUUCGGUCUGGAUGUGUUUUUUAUCACAAUCUCCUACACCCAGAUCCUCAGGGCCAUCUUCAGCCUCCCCACAAAAGAUGCCCGGCUCAAGACUUUUGGGACCUGCGGCUCCCACCUCGGUGUCAUCUUAGCCUUUUACAUCCCAUGUUUCUUCUCUGCCUUCACGUACCGUUUUGGAAAUAAUAUACCUCUGCAUUUCCACAUUCUCAUUGCCAGUGUGUACCUUCUGAUACCCCCCAUGCUCAACCCCAUCAUCUACGGGGUGAGGACCAAGCAGAUCUGGGACAAGCUGCUCUGGCUUUUUACUCACUAA